AUUUACUUGUGGUGUUUGUUUCUUUUGACAAAGUAAGACCUCUUUAUUUUUUACCCAUCUUUGCAACAGACUGCGCCGUUAGAAAAAAACAGACUGAGUUAUUUUUAGACUGGACUAAAGAGCAGAAGGGUCACUCGUGAACAGGUUAUAGAAUCGUAUCCAAAGUCCGUCGUGGAAAAUAAACUCUAGUGGGUAAAUAUUAGAGUCUGGGGUGGAACAUGUUGUUCAGAUUCGGGGUCGUCCUCACUCCGGAGUCCCAGGAUGUGGAGGUGUUUGCCGUGGGUUCCCGGCCUGAAAUGGGCCACUGGGAUCCGAACAGAGCGGUUCUGAUGACAGCCUCACAGAAGGUUCUAUCCACGCAUGAACCGUGUCUGUGGGUCUGUGACGUGGAGCUGGAGGAGCCGUGGACAGACCCACUGUGGUUCAAGUUUGUCAAAAGAGUCGGAGGCACUUACGUCUUUGAAGGCAGUGGUCCGACUCAUGACAGAUGCUGUUCGUUUGAGGAGAAGAAUGUGGUUGAUGGAGUUUAUUGUCACCCGAUUGGUCACUGGAUCGAACAAACGGGACACACAGAUGAGAUGAAGCACACCACCGACUUCUACUUCUCUGUGGCUGGGCAGAAGGCCAUGCACUUUUCCAGGAUCCUACCAAGGGUUUGGCUGGGCAGCUGCCCUCGACAAGUGGAACACGUGACCAUCAAGAUGAAGCAUGAACUGGGUAUCACUGCCGUAAUGAACUUCCAAACAGAGUGGGACGUGGUAAACAACUCCUACGACUGCAGGCGCAACCCCGGGGAAGCCAUGACCCCAGAAACCAUGAUGGAUUUGUACCGAGACUGUGGCCUGGUCUAUGUGUGGAUACCAACACCUGACAUGAGCACUGAGGGUCGGAUCCGGAUGCUUCCACAGGCCGUGUUCCUCCUCCACGGCCUUCUGGAGAACGGUCACACUGUCUACGUCCACUGUAACGCUGGCGUGGGCAGGUCCACUGCAGCUGUGUGUGGACUCCUCAUGUACAUUUUGGGCUGGAACAUGAGAAAAGUACAAUACUUCGUUACAUCCAGGAGGCCGGCGGUUUACAUCGACGAAGACGCACUGGUCCAAGCUCGAUCUGACUUCAUCCAAAAGUUCGGACAGCUUCGAUCAUCCAUCUCUUACCCUGAGAUCUGACAUUUGAAAAGCUGACGCAGAAUAUACUGAAGCGGCAGCUGCAAAAAGUUGGGAGGAAAAAAAAUGUUGUGAAGGCAGACUGCAGAAAGAAAAUAAACAUUUUGUUAUUUACAUUAAUGAUCCACUUUGACUGAGCGGCUUUUGAAAUGAAGUUCGCUGAGGAAAAAAGAUCCUUAGCUUUAAAAUUCAUGAAUCCUAUGACGCAGUUUUGCAUUUUCUGUAAAUACCCUGAGGGGUUUUUGAAAAGAUCUUUUGUUUUAGCCUUUUUUUUUUUUUUUUUUUUUUGGAAUAAUGUGUGAAUAGAGUUGACAUUUUAAGAAAGCGAAUUUCAUCUCACAACAAAGAAUGAAAGGGACGCGGCGCCGCAAAGAAAUAGCAUUAAAACAAGUGGAAAAUGUAACAAUAACAGAGUCAUUCUGCAGGGUGACAUUUCUCAUUCCGUGCUGUGACUGAAAGAGGUCAAAGAUGAAGAGGAAAAAUAAACUUGGGGUUCUCGUUCUGCCGUUUGCAUUCUCAUUUCUUGAGUAAAAUACUGUUAAAUAGCCUCUUAUGCUUCGUCGUGUGUCAUUUUAAGAAAUCCACAAAACAUAAAAUUCAUACUUGAAGCUGAAACGAACAAAAUCACUCCUAAAACCAAAAAAUAAUGACAAUCCCUUUCACUGUCUGAGAGGGUUACACAUCAAUAACACUUCUUCUUUAUUUAUUUAUCUCUCCGACAGAUGCUAUUCCAACCCAUCUCUUAAACCACAAAAACAACAUCCCUGCCAGACAAUUUUAAUGCAUACAUAAUAAGACUUUAUUGGAAUAUGAUUUGCUGUCAGUUCUGAACUUCUGCCGAGAUUAUUAUUAUUUAGGACACAUUGCUUUAUUACCUGUUCCUGAUUUAAGAAUAUUAGUCAACUGGGGC